AUGCAGUUUAUCCAACGACCCGCGCUCCCCUAUCCCCGGCUCCCCUGGCCCGCUCGCCCCCUCCCCUAUCCCCGGCUCACCCGGCUCACUACCGGUCUCCGCUGGCUGGGGUUCCGCGCGCGCCUUCUGAAUCUGCGCGCCGCCGCCGGGGGCGUGGCUUCGAGCCGGAAGCGAGGCGGGCACUUCCGGCAGCAGGGGGCCGGAGCAGGUCUGCACCCAUGGCCCGGUGAGCGGGAGUCGGGGAGUGGGGUCCGGGGAGCAGGCCAGGUGAGCCGGGAAGGGGCCGUGGCCGGGGAGAGCGGGGCGUCCGUGCGCUCAGGCGGCGUUUCUGGAGCGCCUGCUGCACGCGUGCGGGAGGCGGGAGUGGCCAGAGGCCGCCCCACUCUUCUUCGUCCGAAGGGGCGCAGGUCCCACCUCUGUCCUGGCCCUGACACGGUCAGCCCGGCGAGGUCCUUGAAGCUGCUGUGUGCUUCCCUUCGGCGUCAAAGCUUCCACACUGCUGGGAGUCACUACAAGGGUCGGACAGGCGCUGAGCACCUGUGGCUGACGCGGCAUUUGAAAGACCCGUUUGUGAAGGCUUCGAAGGUGGAGAGUUACCGGUGUCGAAGUGCCUUCAAGCUGCUGGAGGUGAACGAGAGGCACCGGAUCCUGCGGCCCGGCCUCCGGGUGUUGGACUGUGGGGCAGCUCCUGGUGCGUGGAGCCAGGUGGCAGUGCAGCGAGUCAAUGCUGCAGGCACAGAUCCCAGCGCUCCUGUUGGCUUUGUACUUGGGGUAGAUCUUCUUCACAUCUUCCCCCUGGAAGGAGCAACUUUUCUGUGCCCUGCUGAUGUGACUGACCCAAGAACCUUCCAAAGAAUCCGAGAACUGCUUCCUGGUGGGAGAGCAGAUGUGAUUCUGAGUGACAUGGCACCCAAUGCCACAGGGAUCCGAGGCCUCGAUCACGACAGGCUCAUCAGUCUGUGCUUGUCCCUUCUGGACUUGGCUCCAGACAUCCUGCACCCCGGAGGAACAUUCCUUUGUAAAACCUGGGCUGGAAGUCAAAGCCAUCGGUUACAGAAGAGACUGACAGAGGAGUUCCAGAACACAAGGACUGUGAAACCUGAAGCCAGCAGGAAAGAGUCAUCAGAGGUGUACCUCUUGGCCACACAAUACCGAAGAGUGAAGGGGUCUGUGAAGGACUGAGAGUUUCUUCUGCCUCUUCUGGUCCUUUUUCACUGCAAAUGUAGCCUGAGCUCUUUCCUGAAGUGUGGCUGGGGAGAUGGAGCUUGAUCUGAUCUGGGAGAUGCGGCAAGCAGGACAAGUGGGGGACCUUUUUUUUUUUUAAAAACCAAAAAGAUAGGACAAAACUAUAUUCAGUGUCCAGUGUCCACGAUAUAUGGUAAACAGCAGUCUCUCUAACAUGAUUUGUGAAGAGGACGUUAUGAGAAGGAGACAGGCAAAGAUAAAAGGAUGAGAAGACAGUGAGAAGGAUAAACACGAAUACGCUGAGACAGACAGACAGACAUUCACACACCUGUAUGUCACUUCUCAUCUUACAGACUGUUAGCAUGUACAGAGAAACAGGUUUCCACCAUGGCUCCAAGAACACAGCACACAGGUUUCCAGUUGUUAUUUUGGCUAUACAGUGCGAUGUAGAAAAAUCUGAAAUUUCAGACUGGAGAUUAAUUUCCAUUUCUUUGGUGAAUGAUCUAGAAACAUCCAUUCUUCAAGCAGUGAGAGUUCCCAGAGCAAUGAGGGAAGACAUUUGGUAUGAAUUAUGCAUGGGGUGGGUGCGCUUUGGUUUUUCCUGCGAAUGUGUGUUGCUGUAAUGCUCCAGGCUCCCAAGACCAUAAAGGUAAUUGCCAAAGCAA